AUGAACUCACACAACCCUAGGGUCAAGGAUAUGGACUCAUCAUCCAUACAGGCAACAAGUCCGACGAUUCAGGAAUCUGUGUUGAUCAUGGCGUCUCCCAAUCUGUUGUCCACCCUACCACCAAUUGACUCGAUGCCGGACACUACAACCUUGCAACCCCCAGACCAAGAGAGGCAAACAACUACUAGCGAGGUGAACGGAUCCCCUGCUUCUCUUUCGACCCCCGCCGUGGAAAGCCAGUCAAACCUAGACGCAGAAACUCUGGGACCGUCUCCUCGAAACCCAAAACCAAAGCAGAAGAGAGGACCGGCCUCACGUCCGAUACGGAAUCAGAGAUUCAACAAGCCAUGCAUCCUAGGAGAGCAUACGCAUGAACAUGGAGGCCGAUAUGAAUGCUUACAAUGUGGGGUGACAUUCCGCGAGAGAUACAGUCUGAGCAAUCAUGAGAAGGUCCACGCAGGGCCCUUCUCGUGCGCCAUAUGUUCCAAAACGUUCCGGAAACGGGCUAGCCUCAGGCAACACAUGCAGAAUCAUGACCCUAAUCGGAGAAUGGUGAAAUGUCGGAGGGACGGGUGUCAGUCGAAGUACUUACGGACAGGAUGUCUAAAUCGCCAUGUGAAAAGUGCCCACGAUAAAGAAGAAUACAGCUGUACGUUUUGCGGCAAGAUUUUCACUCGAUCAGAUUUGAGAGAUCGCCAUGAGAGAACCCACGACGAGGGUCGAAAACAAGACGUACCAUCCACUUCCACCUCGCCAGAACUUGUGCAGACGGCGGGAGCUUCACCGGUGGCUACGGGAAAGGGAGAAGGCGUCCAUGAUCAGCAAGCACCUCUUGAGUCUGCGAGGUCGAUGCAAAUGCCAGCCGACAUUUCUCAUAACAUGUCACUUGAUUUCCCUAUUCCAGACGCUCUGGCUAUCUCAGGAGUCGAGAUGGCGGGCAGCAUGGACUUUUCCAUGGCUGACCCGGCCAUGACCUCCAAGAAUAUGGAUAUGACUAUGACUUGGAGCCAAGCAAUGGAUAUGGACACCUUUCAAACUAGUUUGAACGUGAUGGGGAUGUCCAUGCAUGAACAUGAUGAUAUGGGCCUCACAUUCAUCCAUGGCCCGGAAUCAGCUCCCAUUGUCUGCUACGACAUUCCGAUGUUCACGACACGCACCACGAAUGGCGGCACGAAUGCGGUCUCGGACUCGCCCAUGGAUCUGCUCUCAUUCACAGCAGCAAUGAACAAUGCCACAAUUUGA